ACUUUCUCUCUUGAAUUUUCCUUAAUGAAUACAAUUAAAGAUAUGUUGUUACAGAAUUGAUGCAGAGUGAUCUCCAUAAGAUUAUUGUCUCUCCUCAGCCGCUCAGCUCAGAUCACGUCAAAGUUUUUCUUUACCAGAUUUUAAGAGGCCUGAAAUACUUACAUUCAGCUGGUAUUUUGCAUCGAGACAUUAAACCAGGGAACCUUCUUGUGAACAGCAACUGUGUUCUUAAGAUCUGUGAUUUUGGCCUAGCCAGGGUGGAAGAAUUAGAUGAAUCUCGUCACAUGACUCAGGAAGUUGUUACUCAGUAUUACCGGGCUCCAGAAAUCCUGAUGGGAAGCCGUCACUACAGCAAUGCUAUUGACAUCUGGUCCAUAGGCUGUAUAUUUGCCGAACUGCUGGGACGAAGAAUAUUGUUUCAAGCUCAAAGCCCCAUUCAGCAGUUGGAUUUGAUCACAGAUCUUUUGGGGACACCGUCACUGGAAGCAAUGAGGACAGCUUGUGAAGGCGCCAAGGCUCACAUACUCAGGGGUCCUCAUAAACAGCCAUCCCUUCCUGUCCUGUAUACAUUAUCCAGCCAAGCUACACAUGAAGCCGUUCAUCUCCUUUGUAGGAUGUUGGUCUUUGAUCCAUCCAAAAGAAUAUCCGCUAAGGAUGCCUUAGCUCAUCCAUAUCUUGACGAAGGGCGUUUACGAUAUCACACCUGUAUGUGCAAAUGUUGUUUUUCCACUUCUACUGGAAGAGUUUACACCAGUGAUUUUGAACCCAUCACAAAUCCUAAAUUCGAUGAUACUUUUGAAAAGAACCUCAGUUCUGUCCGGCAGGUUAAAGAAAUAAUCCAUCAGUUCAUUUUGGAACAGCAGAAAGGAAACAGAGUACCUUUGUGCAUCAAUCCACAAUCUGCUGCUUUUAAGAGCUUUAUUAGUUCCACUGUGGCUCAGCCGUCCGAGAUGCCACCAUCUCCGCUGGUCUGGGAGUGAAAGUGGAAGAUACAGUAUACUACUGAAGACAUA